UUCCUCAAAGGCCGCUGCCCACUUCCUGGUUCAUCCUGCUAGCGCGCUCAGCACAGAAACGGAUUCUCUUGUAUCGAAUGAGUCUUUGUUGCCGUCCAAUUUAAUCUGCAUACCUACAACAUCACAAUGCCCAAAUCUAAGGAAAUGUUGUCCUCUUCGUCAGAAAGUGAAUCUGAUAGUGAAGUUGACACGAAGUCCAAGAGAAAAAAGCAGGCAGCACCAGAGAAGCCAUCAAAGAAACAGAAGAGUGGAGAGACCUCAAAGGUGUCAGCAGCCUCCAAAAGCAGCAGUAGCAGCAGUAAAAAUGAUAAUAUGUUUCAGAUCGGGAAGAUGAGGUAUGUGAGUGUUCGAGACUUCAAAGGAAAAGUGCUGAUCGAUAUUCGGGAAUACUGGAUGGAUCAGGAGGGUGAAAUGAAACCAGGGAGAAAGGGUAUUUCGUUGAACCCAGAGCAGUGGAACCAGCUCAAAGAGCAGAUCAGUGAGAUUGAUGAUGCAGUGAAAAGGAUAUAAGUCCUGCCAGGACUUUUUUUUCUUUUUCUUUUUUUAAACAAAUUCACAUUCUACAGUUCUGCUUAUGCUUUACAAAGCAAUUGUAUUGACCAGGACCAGAUUGUAUGUGUGUUUUAGAUUAGGGUUUAAUAAAAUAGAUGUAAUCGUUGUAUUCUUUUAAUAUUUGGAGAGUUUUUCAAAGGGGUUGACUAGAGGGAUGGGGUGUAAGUUUGUGCCCUUCAUUUUUCAAUAAAGGUGAUAGAAAUGGA